AUGGUAAAUAUCCGUGUGGAGCGUGCAGCUGCUGCACCACGUGUGGAGCGUGCUGCUGCUGCUGCACGACGUGUGGAGUGUGCAGCUGCUCCACCACAUGUGGAGCGUGCAGCUGCUCCACCACAUGUGGAGCGUGCAGCUGCUCCACCACAUGUGGAGCGUGCAGCUGCUCCACCACAUGUGGAGCGUGCAGCUGCUCCACCACAUGUGGAGCGUGCAGCUGCUCCACCACAUGUGGAGCGUGCAGCUGCUCCACCACAUGUGGAGCGUGCAGCUGCUCCACCACAUGUGGAGCGUGCAGCUGCUCCACCACAUGUGGAGCGUGCAGCUGCUCCACCACAUGUGGAGCGUGCAGCUGCUCCACCACAUGUGGAGCGUGCAGCUGCUCCACCACAUGCGGAGCGUGCAGCUGCUCCACCACAUGUGGAGCGUGCAGCUGCUCCACCACAUGUGGAGCGUGCAGCUGCUCCACCACAUGUGGAGCGUGCAGCUGUUGCACCACGUGUGGAGCGUGCAGCAGCACCAUGUGGAGGGUGGAGGGAUAGAUAUCAUUAA